AUGACAAAUUCGUGGCAGGACAGCGCUAGGCAAAAGCGCGAAGCCAUUCUUGCAGCAAUACCAGCCGAGUGGCGUCUCAAAGACCUCCCUUCUGUCGAAGAGCAGAGGGAUGUUACAGGAGAUUACAUCAGAGGCUUCUUGACCGAAAGAGAGGUGGAAAUCACGGAAACAGACGCGGAGAAGAUUGUGGGCAAGACUACGACUGGCGAGUGGAAGGCGGAGGAGGUUACCAGAGCAUUUUGUCACAGAUCCGCCCUUGCGCAUCAAUUGCUCCACUGCCUUCAUGAGAUCUUCUACGAUGCCGCAAUUGCAUCAGCACGUUCUCUUGACUCCUACUAUGCAGAGCAUGGGAAACCCAUAGGCCCUCUGCACGGGCUACCUGUGUCUCUAAAGGAUCAGUUCCAUGUUAGAGAUGUAGAAACAACCAUGGGAUACGUAGGAUGGAUUUCAACGUUCGAGGGUAAGAAAGGCACUGGGAAAGAGAAGGUGUUUGAAAGCGAAAUGGUCAAAGAGCUCAGGAUUCUGGGCGCCGUACUGUACUGUAAAACAAGUGUCCCACAUACGCUUAUGUCCGGUGAAACGACCAACAACAUCAUCGGGUAUACGCUCAAUCCGAAGAACAGGAACCUCACCGCUGGAGGCUCGAGUGGUGGUGAGGGUGCAUUGAUCGGGCUAAGAGGAUCACCGGUUGGGUUUGGCACCGAUAUAGGCGGAAGCAUUAGGAUUCCGGCUGCAUUCAACGGCCUCUACGGCAUCCGACCAUCAACAGGCAGGCUCCCAUAUGAAGGCAUGGCCAACUCCAUGGAUGGACAGAACACGAUACUUUCAGUUGUGGGUCCGCUCGGUACCACUGUCGGCUCCCUGCGACUUGUCAUCCGGGCAAUCCUAUCGCAAAAACCAUGGCUGCACGACCCACUCGUGCACGACAUUCCAUGGCGAGAUUCGCAUGAGCAGCAAAUAACCUCAUUGAUAGACUCUACAGACUCGAGCAAAGGCGGCAAGUUAUGCUUUGGUGUCAUGCGAACAGAUGGCAUCGUGCACCCUUCACCACCCAUUCUCCGUGCGAUCGAUGAGGUCGUAGAAGCCCUGCGCUCACAGGGACAUGAGAUAUUCGAAUGGAAUCCGCCUUCACAUCAAGCAAUAUUGGAUGAAGCUUUCAAGACCUGGGAAUUUGAUGCAGGAUCUGAUAUCAAGUCUGCGUUUGCCCUUUCUGGCGAACCCAUGCACCCACAAGUUGCCGGUUUCAGCGAGCUAGAGAAGCAUUACAAAGCCUCUGAGAUAGCUACCGUAAACGUGCGUCUACGUGAGCUGAAGAAAGUAUACAUGGAAUAUUGGAAUAGUACCGCAAAAUUUACCAAGACCGGAAGAUGCGUAGAUGCUGUGAUUGGACCUGCAGCACCGUGGCCCGCGGCAAGGCCAGAGAAGUACUCAUACUACGGAUACAGCACUUGGGUAAAUGCGCUGGAUUAUACAAGUGUAGUAGUGCCAGUUACUGAAGUGAAGAGAGAUGUCGAUGUGGUUGACGCGAAUUACGUACCCCUGGGAGAGAGAGACAGAAAAAGCCAUGAAAGCUACGACCCCGAAAUUUACGAUGGUGCGCACGUUAGCGUGCAGUUGGUAGGGAGGAGGUUGGAGGAAGAGAAGAUGCUUGCGAUUGCAGAAUAUGUGGGUAAGGUUGUUGGCAAGUAA